AAGCCAGAGCGGCGCUGGCGCUCCUUUGGGGGAGCGCAUCGGCGCAUCGCAGUUGGCAGUCAAUGCGAAGCGCGUUUAUAUUUUGCCAUGUGUUAAUCGCAUUCCAUCGCCUUGUAACACAAGGGGCAGGUUAAGGUAAGCCGCGCCUCCGCGUGCAAUCAGAUGGGCAACUCUUUAAAGCCACACAUCCAAAAUGCCGGCAAGACUGGGGUGUGUACGCUGCCCAACAGCAACCUCAAGGAGUUCCCCAGGGAGCUGUACCUCAUCGAGGGCGUACUGCGAACCCUCGACCUUUCGGGCAACAAACUGUCCUCGAUCCCCGCGGCGAUCAGCAAGUUCGAGCAACUGAAGCACCUGACGCUCACGAACAACCGUAUCGCGUUUCUCCCGGACAGCUUGUGUAAGCUGAAAAAGCUCGAGACGCUGAGCCUCGGGAGCAACCAUCUGUCGCGGCUCCCCGAGACGCUGUCGCAACUCAGCAACCUCCGUAAUGUCAACCUCAGCGACAACCGGCUCGCCGCGUUCCCGCACUGCUUCUGUGGCCUCAAACACCUCGACGUGCUCGACCUCUCGCGCAACCGGAUAUCUGAAGUGCCGGACUUUGUGGGCGACCUGCACGCCACGGAGCUCAACCUGAACCAGAACCAGGUGUCCAUGAUCUCGGAGAGCAUAGCCAACUGCCCGAGGCUGAAGGUGCUGCGACUGGAGGAGAACUGCCUGCAGAUCAACUCCAUCCCGACGCAGCUGCUGUCCAGCUCCAACGUCUCCCUGCUGGCGGUCGAGGGCAAUCUCUUCGAGCUCAAGGACUUCCAGGAGAAGGAGGGCUACGAGACGUACAUGGAACGUUACACUGCCACCAAGAAGAAGAUGUUCUGAGACGUUGCGAGGCCCGGAACCUGCGCCAUGUGGCCAAGGAACGAAGAGCACCCGAUCAAGCCCACACUUCCCCCGAGACCCUUGCACACAAAGGACGACCGGGCAGUGCCGUGGGCAGAAAGGAAAAAAAAAAUAUCCGCCAUCUGGGUAGCCACGCGCAGGAAGUAGUCAUUCCAGGAGCAUCGGAGGCACUGUCGAGAAAGAAGGCACCGCAAAAUGUAGCCUAGACCCAAGCACGGCUCGCGUGUUGUGCAGGCAGCCGCCGAAGCUGUCACGCUUAAAUCGCCUUAUGAGUCGCACUGUUGCGGCUCGUCUAUAUUUAUUAAACGUUGUAUUAUUGUAAAUAACCGCACA